ACCUGACCUCCCCGCCCACCUCGGCAGCCACCUUCGCCGCGAGGGCGGGGCCGGCUAGCGCCGCGAGGCUCGAGGCGGGGGGCGGGGCCGCCGACGAGGGGCGGGAUCCGAAGCCAGAUACCCCCGCCUCUCUCCCUCUGGCCCCGCCCCUCGCGCGCCGGCCCCGCCUCCAGGCCCAUUCCAAGAUGGCGGGGAUCCCCCUGUACUUUGUGGACUUGCAGGAUGACUUAGACGAUUAUGGAUUUGAGGACUACGGUCCCUCAUGCGAUGGCUUGAGGGUGACAGCCUUCUUGGACGUUCUGGGCCAGGACAUCCUGCCUGCACUUGCUCGCCUGGAAAAGUACACUUUCAGUGGCAACAUCUUCAACUGUCAGAUUAUUGCCAGAGGGCUGCUUGAUAUCUUCCGGGACUUCAGUAACAAUGAAGAAGACUUCAUAACGGUAAUGGAGAUCGUGGUCAGAUUGUCAGAAGAUGCAGAGCCCACAGUGCGGGCUGAGCUGCUGGAACAGAUUCCUCCUAUUGCCAUUUUUCUACAAGAAAACAGGUCUGAUUUUCCAGUGGUGCUCUCUGAACAUCUCAUACCCAUCGUGGUGCAGUGCCUCGCAGAUCCAAACAACCAGGUUAGAAAAUCAAGUCAGGAGGUGCUGUUGAUUCUUCUGGAACAAGAUCUAAUUUUCCAGCACGAUAUUGAAAACAAAGUGUGUCCAAUCCUGCUGGCGCUCUCUGCCCCUGACGGUGAGGCUGAGUACAAAGCAGAAGCCGUGAGUGUAAUCUGCAAGCUGGCAUCAGUGCUGAGCAAGGGCACGGUUGAACGCCUGCUGCUCCCUCGAUUCUGUGAGCUGUGUGGUGACGGGAAGCUCGUUCAAGUUCGGAAGGUUUGUGCCACAAAUUUGGGUGAUAUUUGUCGUGCUGUCGGACAAGAAGCCACUGAGAAAUUUUUGCAUUCCAUGACGUUCUGUUCAGAGUGCUUGCGUGUCCCCCACCACGCCUCAUUGCAGCGUUGCUGCACGUCCCCCGAGGGCCGCGGGGCCAGGCUCUCGGCGCCCUUUAUCACGCUGAUCAGCGACCCCUGUCGGUGGGCUGCCUUCCAGUCCCUGGGCCCCGUCAUCUUCACCUUUGCCAGCCCCUCCAGGGCUGGCCUUUAUAUUCGAGAGGAUGGCACCCUGAGCAUCCGACCACCGGCUCCGGAUUUGGACUCGGGUUUCACCUCCGGGUCACCGGGUGCAGGCAGCCAUGGGAACAUGUCCUCAGCCUGGUUCCCUUUCUCUCCUGUUUCCCAGGAUAUAAUACCUCAGCCCCUGCUAGAUCAGUAUGUGUCCAUGAUUGACCCAGCUCGAGCCCAGACCGUCGAUACCGACAUCGCCAAACACUGUGCCUACAGCCUCCCGGGGGUGGCGCUGACACUGGGCAGGCAGAAUUGACACUGCCUGAAAGAUACGUACGAGACGCUGGCUUCCGACGUGCAGUGGAAGGUCCGUCAGACCUUAGCCUUCUCCAUCCACGAGCUGGCUGUGAUCCUUGGGGAUCAGUUCACGGCUGCCAACCUGCUGCCCAUCUUCAAUGGAUUUUUAAAGGACCUGGAUGAAGUACGCAUAGGAGUUCUGAAACACCUGUAUGACUUUCUAAAGUUGCUUCAUGAAGACAAGAGGAGAGAAUAUCUUUAUCAGCUUCAAGAAUUUGUAGUGACCGAUAACAGCAGGAAUUGGAGGUUUCGAUAUGGACUGACAGAACAGCUGAUACUGAUUUUGGAACUCUAUAAUCCCAAUGAGUUUGAUUAUUUUGUGCAUAUUGCCUUAAAGUUGUGUGCAGAUAAAGUUUCUGAAGUUCGGUGGAUCUCCUUCAAGCUAGUUGUAGCAAUUCUGCAGAAGUUCUAUUCCAACAGUGAAAGUGCGUUGGGGUUAAAUUUCAUCAAUGAACUCAUCCUAAGGUUCCGGCACUGUUCUAAGUGGGUCGGGAGGCAAGCGUUUGCUUUCAUUUGUCAGGCAGUGGUGAGCGAGGAGUGUAUCCCUGUGGACCAGUUUGUUGAACACUUACUCCCCAGCCUUGUAAGCCUUGCAUCAGAUCCUGUGCCAAACGUAAGGGUUUUGCUAGCCAAAGCUCUAAAACAGACACUGUUGGAAAAGGUGUAUUUUAGAAAUGCCGGUAACCCUCAUCUUGAAGUCGUUGAAGAGACUGUCUUAGCUUUGCAGUCCGACCGGAACCAAGAUGUUUCCUUUUCUGCCACCCUAGAACCAAAGCGGCGGAAUAGUAUAGACACUACCAUGCUAGAAAACCAGAAUUAACCAGUCUGUGGUCACUCACAAUCUGGUCAUUUCAUGUGUGGCAUAUGCUGCUCACCAUACCUUGAAGGGGAACUGAUUGUAUCAUACCUGCCCAGGGAGGACAGAUUUCUGAAACUCUGAUGUUGUUGUGUUCAAAUGACCCCUUUCCCAUCUGCACUCACGGGAACUACUGCUGGGAUGGGCAGGAGUCCCAGGUGGCCCGGCCUGUGCUGCGCUCCUGUGCCCCUGCCUGCCUGAUGAGGAAAUCUGUUAAAAGGCUGUAGAACCAGGUGGCUCACUGAGGGUGGGGGUGGGGGGACCUCCAUGGCAUCAGACUGCCUGGGAGCGGUUUGUUUUCUCUAUUACAGACUAUAUUAUUUAACCCCCAGCCAACCCCUCCCCCCCAGAAAUAAAGUACGUUAUUAGAA